AGUAACCAACUUGCUUAGUGACAACCUCUGGAAACAACAAUAGGAGGCGAACAAAUUUCACAGAAAUAGUUUUGCGGAACUUCGACAUAUUUAAAAUAAGCAGAAAUAUCAGGAUCCAGCUGUGGAGGAACUUUAACAGAAGAGGCGAUGGUUUCCAGGAAUGGUCUGGAGCAGUGAGAGGUGGCGCUGCCUCGUCAGUAGCUGUCAUCACGGCGGGGGAGCUCCGAACCUCCGUCUGCAGGGUUGUCAUCUACCUCCAAAGGGACAUGUCCGGGGACCCCUGCCCACCACACCUCCACACCCAGGAUGACCCCUGCUCCUCUCUUCCCCUCGUGGUUUGUCCCAAGACCAAAAGCUGCGGUCAUCGGGAAGCCAUGACUCCAGCCAACAAAUAUGUCCGCCUCAACGUUGGAGGGAUGCUGUUCUUCACUCCGCUGCAGGUGCUGACGCGGCAGAACUCCCUGCUGAAGGCCAUGUUCAGCGGGAAGAAGGAAGUCUUCACUGAUAAAGAAGGCUGGAUCCUGAUCGACCGCAGCGGGAAACACUUCAACAGUAUCCUGAAUUAUCUGCGUGACGGAACCGUCAGCUUACCCAAAGGACGGCAGGCUGUCCAGGAGCUUCUGGCUGAGGCAAAGUUCUACCUCCUCCAGGACCUUGUAGAGCUGUGCCAGACCACCCUGCAGGACAACAAAGAGCAACCGAUGUGUCUGAUACCUGUGAUCACUUCCUGUAGAGAAGAGGAGCAGCUCAUCCAGUCGUCCUCCAAGCCUGUUGUGAAGCUGCUGUACAACAGAAGCAACAAUAAAUACUCCUACACCACUAACUCUGAUGACAACCUGUUGAAGAACAUCGAGCUGUUUGACAGGCUGUCCCUCAGCUUCAACAGCCGCGUCCUCUUCUUCAAAGACGUGAUCGGAGAUGAGAUCUGCUGCUGGUCCUUCUACGGCCAGGGCCGGAAGCUGGCCGAGGUCUGCUGCACCUCCAUCGUCUACGCCACCGAGAAGAAGCAGACCAAGGUGGAGUUCCCUGAAGCCCGCAUCUAUGAGGAGACCCUCAACUCGUUGCUCUAUGAGACCAUGCCGCUGCCGGACAACUCCCUGCUGGAGGCCACGCGGCGAAGCUACAACAAUUGCGGCUCUCUGAGCGAGGAUGAGGAGGGCCCCGGAGGAGGCGAGCUGCGCGAGCGCGUCCGGAGAAUUCACGUGAAGCGGUACAGCACGUAUGAUGAUCGCCCCCUGGGACACUGAGACAGAACGGCCGCGGACGGCGGCUCAGGGCAGGCGUGCUCUUCCUCAUCCGUCGCACCGACAUCAUCAAAGACUCUACAGCACAUCCUGUUUGCUCCAAACUCUGGCUUUUGUUUCACCUAAAGAACGAUCAAAUAUGACUCAUAUGUGUGAUUGUUGGACUCUAUCAGUCUCUCAGAUGGACGGUGUGUUCACAGCAGAAUGUAUUUCUAAGCUCAGUACUGAUCCAGUUAACAUAGAACUGUGCCUCUAAUGCCUUACAGUGCUGCUCCUGACAGUCCUGGCUUUUACCAGUUGUGAUUAUUAAAAAUCCUUUUUUAUCUCGC